CGGGCAUCUGCAGUGACGAGGUACCUACAUAUGCGAUGGUCCCGAUCCAGGAGUGGCACGUGCUAAAGUGAGCACCUACCACUACCUACCACUGCUACCAGACAUCCAUGAAUGCCCCCCGCCAGCCAUUCCGCACAAUGCCGACAGUUGCCGAAGCGUGAUGCACUGUCUUCGAGUGAAGGACUCUUAAACUUUCCUUCCUACCUCCUAAUUAUUAAAGACCUAGUUAUCGUAUGCGUUACCUUGCUAUUUAUAUAUCUGCCUGCUUCUGAUCUAAUUCUCGUAUUGUCGCACUUCUCUCUCCCGGCCUCUCUCACAAUGGCAUUAAGCAGUCUGGGACCACUUAGACCGGCGUUCACAUGUGCCAGGGUUGCUUCGCAGAGGCUACCCGGUGCCCCCGUUCGCCCGUUUUCUUCGCAGUCAUGCCUUCGGAAGGAGAUUCGGGAUGCUUACAUUCUGAGCGCCUCGAGGACACCAACAGCCAAGUUCAAUGGCUCCUUCACGACAGUGCCAGCUCCCCAGCUCGGCGCUGUCGCCAUCAAGUCUGCCCUCGAAAAGUCCAAAGUACCUGUUGAUAAGAUCACCGACGUAUACAUGGGCAAUGUUCUUCAGGGCUCUGUCGGGCAGGCGCCCGCGCGACAGGCUUCCAUCUUUGCCGGCCUGCCACCGAGCGUCGAAGCUAUCACAAUCAACAAGGUCUGCGCAUCGGGGUUGAAGGCGGUGGUGUUCGCAGCGCAAAACAUCCAGUUAGGCCUGGCAGAAGCCCAGGUUGCUGGCGGCAUGGAGAACAUGACCAGGGUGCCAUAUUAUGUCCCGCGAUCAAGCAACCUGCCGCCGUUUGGACAUGUCAAGAUGGAGGAUGGCCUGAUCAAGGAUGGCCUGACGGACGUCUACGACCAAUUCCACAUGGGCAACUGUGCGGAGAAUACCGCCAAGAACUACGAGAUCACCAGAGAGAUGCAGGAUCAAUACGCCAUCCAGUCGUACCAGAGGGCACAGGCUGCCUGGAAAGCCAAUGCCUUUGCGGAAGAAAUCGCGCCAGUCACAGUACCCGGGAAGAAGGGAGACAAAAUCAUCAGCGAGGACGAGGGAUACCUAGAUGUCAAACUAGACAGGGUCGCUACCCUGAAACCAGCCUUUGUGCGAGACGGCACUGGCACCGUCACGGCGGCCAACUCGUCCACAUUAAACGACGGGGCGAGUGCGCUCGUUCUCGGCAGCAAAGACGUCGCGCAACAGUUCGGCUCUGGGUCUAGAGUCCUCGCACGGAUUUGCGGAUCAGCCGACGCCGCGGUAGAUCCGAUCGACUUCCCAAUUGCCCCCGCAAAGGCUGUUCCCCUUGCAUUGGAACGGGCAGGCAUCACGAAAGACCAGGUUGCAGUUUGGGAGUUCAAUGAGGCCUUCGCGGCCGUUAUCAAGGCCAAUGAGAAAAUUCUCGGCCUCGAGGGUGCUCGGGUCAACCCCCUCGGAGGUGCCAUUUCCUUGGGCCACGCCCUUGGCAGCUCUGGGUCACGUAUUUUGGUGACCCUUCUGCACCAGCUGAAGCCGGGAGAGUAUGGUGUGGCAGCGAUUUGUAACGGUGGAGGGGCAGCGACUGCAAUGGUUGUUCAGAGGAUCGAAUCUGUGUGAUUAUACGCUGUUAUUGCCCAUUGGAUAUGACGUAGAUUCGGAAAUCAAAUGCAAAGUAAGCGCGAGAUUCAGAGUUGAUAAGUGAUAGAUCGCUCUGUUAAGUGUCCACUUCUUUGUCCAAAACUCGGGGUUAGGGUUGGGCACGCAUAAUUAGGUUGUUACCGUUGGAGCUUCGAAUAGCCAAGUACCUAGG